GAAGUAAAGGAGGCCGUGGAGUUCCCUCUGACUCACCCAGAAUUCUUUGAAGACAUCGGCAUUGCGCCCCCGAAGGGAGUCAUCCUCUACGGUCCCCCAGGAACAGGGAAGACGCUAUUGGCGAAGGCGGUGGCUAACGAGACGAGUGCGACUUUCCUGCGUGUGGUUGGGAGUGAGCUGAUUCAAAAAUACUUGGGAGAUGGGCCAAAGCUUGUCCGUGAAAUGUUCAAACUUGCUAAAGAACAUGCGCCCUCUAUCGUCUUCAUCGACGAGAUCGACGCCGUGGGAACUAAACGUUAUGACGCAACGAGUGGAGGAGAGAAGGAGAUCCAGCGUACAAUGUUGGAGUUAUUGAACCAACUUGAUGGCUUCGAGGCGCGUGGAGACGUGAAGGUAAUCUUGGCAACAAACAGAAUCGAAAGCCUGGACCCCGCCCUUAUUCGGCCAGGAAGAAUAGACAGAAAAAUCCAACUCCCGAAUCCGGAUACCAAAACCAAACGGAAGAUCUUCCAAAUCCACACCUCAAGAAUGACCAUGGCGGAUGACGUCGACCUCGAGGAGUUCGUCAUGGCCAAGGAUGAACUUUCGGGCGCAGAUAUAAAGGCGAUUUGCACGGAAGCCGGUAUGUUGGCUUUGCGGGAAAGACGGAUGAAAAUCACACAAGAGGAUUUGCGGCAGGCGAAGGAAAAGGCGCUGUAUCGGAAAAAGGGGGAUAUUCCCGAGGGUCUCUACCUGUAA